AUGUCAGGACGCGGCGGCGGCGGCGGUCGCAGAGUACUGCUUCCUCCCAUCAACUUCAUCUUCAGACUCCUUCAGCAGCACACGACCGUUCAGAUUUGGCUGUACGAGCAGCUUUCGAUUCGAAUCGAAGGCAAGAUCAGGGGCUUUGACGAGUUCAUGAACCUUGUCAUUGAUGAUGCAGUCGAGGUCAAGCAGGUCACAAAGACGAACCCGGAGGAAUCACGGCGGCCAUUGGGUCAAAUAUUGCUGAAGGGUGACAAUGUCUCGCUGAUUCAGAGUGUCUCGGAAUAG